AUGGGCACGGUGCUCUCCCUCUCCCCCGCCGCCUCCUCGGGCAAGGGCGGCGGCGGCGGGGGGCUGCUGGCCGAGAAGGCGCCGGGAAGGGUGCCGGGCAAGGGCGAGAGCCGGCUGAAGCGCCCCGGCGUGCUCAUCUCGGCGCUAACCUGGAAGCGGCUGGUGGCCGCCUCGGCCAAGAAGAAGAAAAGCACCAAGAAGGUGACGCCGAAGCCCGGCGGCGGGGCCCCGGGGGGAGGCCCGGGCCAGCCCGACCCGCUGGUGGUGCAGCGCAACCGCGAGAACUUGCGCAAGUCGGUGGUGGGGCCGGCCGACGGCGCCAAGCAGGGCCCGCUGGCCGUGCCGGUGCCCACUGUGCCCUCGGCGCCGCAGGAGCUGCACCCGGGCUCGGGCGGGGGAAAGCCGCCGCCGCCACCGCCGCCGGCGGGCAGCCGCCCCCCGGGAUCCCCGCGCCGCGUGGUGGUGCAGGCGUCCACCGGCGAGCUGCUGCGCUGCUUGGGGGACUUCGUGUGCCGCCGCUGCUACCGCCUGAAGGAGCUGAGCCCCGGCGAACUCAUCUCGUGGUUUCGCAGCGUGGACCGCUCGCUGCUGCUGCAGGGCUGGCAGGACCAGGGCUUCAUCACCCCGGCCAACCUGGUGUUCGUCUACCUGCUGUGCCGGGAAGCACUGCGGGGCGAAGACAUCGGGAGCCAGGCCGAGCUGCAGGCCGCCUUCCUCACCUGCCUCUAUCUCGCCUACUCCUACAUGGGCAACGAGAUCUCCUACCCGCUCAAGCCCUUCCUGGUGGAGGGAGACAAGGGGCGCUUCUGGGAGCGCUGCCUGGGCAUCAUCCAGCGCCUCAGCGCCAAGAUGCUGCGAAUCAACGCGGACCCGCACUACUUCACGCAACUCUUCCAGGACCUCAAGAGCGAGGGCGAGGGCGGAGACGGGUCCAAGCACUGGACGAUCAGCCUGGACCGUUAG